GUCGAUGUCCGUUUUGGAAGGAAUUUCGUCAACACUCCAUGGCAAUGCUCUUGGUCGAACACACUCUACUCAGCAAAUGUGCUUUUCAACGCAAUUUUGAAGAUGGAGGGGAGAAAAUGGACUUCAUGCUUCGAGCAGUGGAAGAAAUUGAGAAUUGUGAUGUCGUUGGCGAUGGCGAUGGUGAUGGCCAAACCAGAAUUGGUGUCUGGAUUGUCCAGGAAUGACGCAUUUGUGGGCUACAGCGAGCUGCCGGCCACAACAAAGCUGUACUAUGGUUAUCCUCAAAGACCAAAGGAGCACCUUGUGUUUGCGACUAAGUAUGGGGAUAUUAGGGUGGAACUUCAAAGAGAGGCGGCGCCCAAAACUGUCCAAUAUAUGAAGAGGUUGGUCAAUCGGGGUCUGUUUGAUGGAUGUGGCUUAUAUCGCGCAGAACCUUCAGGUCCAACAAUAGACAUUGGGAGUUCUGUCCAUCGCAAAGGGUAUGCGCUAGUUCAAGGUGGGUUGUACUCAUGUGGACGUCAAGAAGACAACAAAUUACCUCUGGAAACCACUCUGGACAACAGCAAAGGGACCGUGGCGAUCAUCACUGGCACAAGCGAGUUCUUUUUCAGCCUUGAUGACCACCAUGAGUGGAACGGCAGCUUUUCUGUAUUUGGAAAAGUGAUCGGAGGACCUAGUUGGCGCGCUUUGGAACGCCUUGUGGCGUUGCCCACAAAGCAGGAAGUCCAUCCUAGUGGCACUGUUAUGCGGAUAUUGGUGCAGCCUGUUAAUUUCAAAGUCACCAUUGAGUUGCAAUUCGACCCUCCCAAUGUAGUGCUCCCGUCCUGAGUUGUCCACAUUGCCCUGUUUUUUCUAGCUUUAAACUAGAACUCAGUAAACACUGACAAAUGGCAGUGGCUUCAAAAUUAGAAGUAUUCAAGGGUUCCAAGUAUGAUUCCGAAUGCCUCUUAUUGGCUACACCCCUAAAAAAGUUUUCACAUGGAUGGUAGAGCAAUGCAUGUCAACAUUACGUUUGCUUAUACGUGUUUCCAAUGGCAGCAAGCUUUUAUCGAAGAUAUUUACCUGACAGAGGCUCGUAAGGCAACACUUUGAGGGGCACUGAACCACAUGGAUUCAGGCUACUGGAAGACAAAAAAACUGCAUAAUUCUUGCCUUCAGUUUAACACCUUUUGGCUGAAGUGGCAUUUUUAUGUA